AAAAGCCACCCACCCAACCAUGUUUUUUCGCCGCUCUCUCACUUCAAAUACUUUACCCAAACAAAACAUUUUUCUUUGUAAAUCGAAAACAAAUCUAUGGCGCUCUGCAAGCGCGUGCUUCAAACCGGUGCCGAUUCCGCGUUUCUCUUCUCCAGCUUCCGACGAAACCUCUACUCGCCUUCUUCGACGGGCAACAAUGGAUAUGGGCUCUUCAGCAGGCAGAUUUCGGGACUGGUCAAACCGAAUGGGAAUCGCGCGUUUCUUGUGGACACGUUGGCUCUGGUCAGGGGUUUGGAGGCCAAAGGCGUGCCGACGAAGCAGGCGGAGGCUAUCACAGCUGCGAUCACUGAAGUUCUGAACGAUAGCUUGGAGAAUGUGGCUCAUGCUUUUGUUUCCAAAGCGGAAAUGCAGAAGGCUGGAAUGCUACAAGAAUCAAACCUGUCCAAGUUUAAGUCUGAAGUAAAAAGCUCACAGGAGCACCAUUUUUCGAUGUUGCAACGUGAGACUGAAAAACUUCGGGGUGACAUAGAGAAAAUGCGUAGUGAAUUGAGAUACGAGAUUGACAAGGUUACAGCUGGGCAACGCUUGGAUCUAAAUCUUGAAAGAGGGCGCAUACGCGAUGAGCUAGCCAAUCAAAAUGCAGAAACCACCAAUCUCACAAACAAACUUGACCGAGAAAUUCAUACUUUAAGAGCUCAGUUGGAAGCUGCAAAGUACGAUGUGAUCAAAUAUUGCAUAGGAACCCUUGUCUCCAUAUCUGCAGUUGGUCUCGCUGUACUUCGUAUUUUGUUGUAGGAUUAUAGCUACUCUGAUGGUCAAAUGUGACAGAGAAACUCAAAGGUCACUAUUCUUUUCAUGGCAAGGUGAUGCUAGAUCCGUUACAGGGUUAUAGCUACUCUGGUCAUGUCAAUUUGAUUCUAGAACAAUCAGUUAAAUGAAUGGAAAUGUGAGAUUGUGAAAAGCCAAAUCACAGCUGGCCUUGUUUUCUUUCCCCUUUGCCAUAUUUGAGAGGCAAACGAGGAAAUAAAUGAUACAGUCUGCAAUCAAUCUUAUUUGUUAGGAUACUAGUUCUGAAGUCUUAGUUUAGUUCUUACAGGGAAAGCACGACAAGGAAAAGCACUUUCAGCGGCAAAGCUGAUUGGUCGCCUGUUCUUGCAUAUCCCUAAACACUUUGUAUCAGCAAUGUAUGAUGUGGCUGAAGGUAUUGUAACUCUGGCCACCUUUUCAUUCGUUUUUCCAAAUUACUUUACAUACAGAAUUUGCUAUUUGCUUUGUUAAAA